ACAUAGACAUUUCAAAGGCGUUGGUUACUCUCAAUUGGCGCUCUGCUUCUGGUCGGCGACAGCGAACCGCCACUUGCGCGUGACUACGCUGCAAAGCGGUGUUGCUCGGCAACCAUUCCUAGAUAUUAUCAUGAAGGGUUUCUUUGAGCGCAUGAACUCGUGCGUGAAGCCUGGUGCGAAGGACUCUGGUGAACAGCACAACGUCGACGAGGUGAUGGCGACAGUAAAAAUCGCCGAUGAGAAUGGCAACAUCGACAACAAGCGCUGGAGCGCUCGCAGCGACCGCAACGGCAGUCUGCCCAAGCUGUGGGGCAAGAAGCGCCAGGCCGUCGCGGCUGAGUCCGGCGUGGCAGCCAAAGUGACCAUCGUGCCCAAGCCCGACAAAACCAAGGAGCUAAUCGCCGCCGCCAUCCGUGACAACCUGUUGUUCCAAGACAUGCCGGCCGCCGCGCUGGAGGUUAUCAUCGACUCUAUGUACAGCGUGGAGGUGGCGGCGGGGACCGACAUCAUCCGCCAGGGCGACCGCGAGGCCAGCCAGUUGUACGUGAUGGAGAGUGGCGUGUGCGAGGUGUGGGUGCGCGCGCCCUCCGCCCCCGCGCCCAAGAAGGUGCUCAUCUACUCGGCCGGCUCGGCCUUUGGUGAGCUGGCGCUGCUGUACAGCGCCCCCCGCGCCGCCACCGUCAAGGCCACCACUCGCUGCGUGCUGUGGGUGAUGGAGCGCGGCGUGUACAACGCCGUGAAGCGCAACUUCACACACGAGCAAUUCGUGGCGCGGCACAACCUGCUGGACCAGGUGCCUGCACUCAAGAACCUGGGUAGCCACCAGAAGGCGCUGCUGGUGGACGCACUGACGCAGGUCGAGUUCAAGGCGGGCCGCCACGUCUUCCGCCGCGGCGACCCCGGCUCCGAGUUCUACAUCGUCAAGGAGGGCUGCGCGCUGGUGAAGGACCAGGCCGGCGGCGUGCUGGCGCGGCUGACGGUCGGCCAGUACUUUGGGGAGCGGGCGCUGCUGGGCGCAGAGACCCGCGCCGCUGACGUCGUGGCCGACGGGCGGCUGGUGUGCUACUGCCUGUCCGCCUCCUCCUUCAGCGAGCUGCUGGGCAGCCAGGAGGAGAUCUGGCGCUUCGAGCACCUCAAGGACGUGCCCAUCCUGUCCCCCCUGUCUGAGCGGCAGCUGUGGCAGCUGGCCCGUGCCAUGCGCCCCGCCGCCUUCAAGCAGGGGGAGGUGGUGUUCCGCAAGGGCGAGCCGGGAGACGCCUUCUACGUGGUGCACAGCGGCGCCUUCACCGUGUUCGAUGCCGACGGCAAGGAGCUGGCUCGUGUGGGCGAGGGCGGCUGCUUCGGCGAGUUGGCGCUGCUGCGGUCGGAGGCGCGCGCCGCCACCGUCAUGGCGCUGAGCGACGCCAGCGUGCUCAUGCUCAGCCGCGACGUCUUCACACGCCUGCUGGGCAACCUGGCCACACUGCGCAACGUGUGGCGCUUCGAGGCGCUGAAGAAGGUUCCGCUGCUGGGCGCCGUGGACGCGGGCGUGCGGGCGCGACUGGCGGCGGCGCUCAAGCCCACCAGCUUCCGAGCCGGGGACGAGGUCAUCCGCCAGGGCGACAUCGGCGACCGCUUCUACAUCGUGGAGCGCGGCGAGCUGGGCGUGUUCAAGGACCGGUCCGGACCCAUCAAGAACUACAAAGCCGGCGACUACUUUGGUGAGCUGGCGCUGUUGCGCAACGAGCCGCGCGCCGCCACCGUCAAGGCCAGCACGGACGUGUGCCUGUUGGAGCUGGACCGCACCCACUUCAACGAACUCAUGGGCCCCCUGAUGCCCGCCAUGCACAAGGAGGCUGACGCCUACCUGCGCCAGGGCGGCCACUGGAAGCCCGCCAAGCGCAGUGUGGAUGUGCUGCAGGCGCAGGCAGUGGCGGUGCUGGGGGCGGGCGGCUUCGGACAGGUUCUGCUGGUGCGCUACGCGGCGCAGUACUGGGCGCUCAAGGCCAUCAGCAAGGCCUUUGUGAAGGAGCAGGGGCUGGUGGAGCACGUGAAGCGAGAGAAGGACCUGAUGGCGGAGUGCGACUCGCCCUUCCUGGUCCGUCUGGAGGGCACGGCCGCGGACGACACCACGUUGUACAUGAUGAUGGAGGCGGUCAUGGGGGGAGAGCUGUUCAGCUACCUGCAGACGCGCUCCCGGCCGCUGGAGGAGUCUCACGCGCGCUUCUACGCGGCCUCUGUGGUGCUGGCUCUGGAGUACCUGCACGACCGCGACCUGGUCUAUCGCGACCUCAAGCCCGAGAACCUGCUCAUCGACCUGCAGGGCUACGUCAAGGUGACGGACUUUGGCUUCGUGAAGCGGCUGCGCAAGGGCACCAAGACCUACACGCUGUGCGGCACGCCCGAGUACCUGGCACCCGAGAUCAUCAUGAACAAGGGCCACAACGGCGCCGCCGACUGGUGGGCACUGGGCGUGCUGGUGUUUGAGCUGUGCAACGGACUGCCGCCCUUCAUGGACGACGACCGACUGGCCAUGUUCCGCAAGAUCUGCGCGCGCGAGCUGUCCUUCCCCAAGCACUUCAGCAAAGACCUGCGGCACCUGGUGGAGCGGCUGCUGGACCCCAACCCGCUGUUCCGCGCGGGGGCGGGGCGCGAGGGCGCGGCGGAGAUCAAGGCGCACCCCUGGUUCGCCGGCUUCGACUGGGACAAGUUCGCAGCCAAGCAGCUGCCGGCGCCCUACAUCCCCAAGCAGCCCAAGGACGGCGGCGACACAUGCAACUUCGCGCCCAUGCAGGUGGACACUCGGCAAUUCCGAAACAAGGCCUACAAGAGCAAGGGCGUGUUCGCCGACUUCUGAGGAUCAAGCGCCCGAGAAUGCUUAGGCGAUGGAGGAGGGUUAAGGGAUAGGAGCAGGAGACAGCGGCGGGGGACGAGGAGGAAGGAUUGUGGGAAUGCGUUGAAGCAAGCAAGCCCAUGCCGUUGUGCCCGGUGGUGGUGCUGGGGGUGUUGGGGGUGUUCGGUGGUGGGGCGUUUUGGGCCGUGGGUGCGCGCAGCUGCGCGCAAUAAUGACUCUGUACUUAUAGUUGACGUGACCGGGUUUGACUCGUUCAUGUAUGGUACGCGUGUGUUGGCUUGUAGGACGGGCACAACGAGGCCAGGAACUGCCGGCCGGGGAUUGAGGUGGAUGGUGGCAGGGAUGGUGGUGCAUUGUGCACAUGGCAUGCGUGUCAGUGUAUGGCAGGGCAGGACUUGUGGCCCAUUAGCGCGGAGGGCUUUCCAACAUAUGGAUUGCGACUUUGCGAGUUCUUGACCUUUGCAUUUUAGUAGGCAUGCACAUGCGAAGUAAGGCCAAGGGCGUGGAGUCCGUGAGUCCGUGACGUCGAACUGAGCGAUUUUGGCUGACUGGUGUGGCUGCUACUGUGGGUCCUGUGGUUACCGUACGCGGAUGGGGGAAUGGGUCAUCUACAUGCGCCCGGAAGGCGCUCAAGACCUGUUACCUGAAUAUGAAGGAAGCGGGGGUGGGGCAGGUGGUGUGGCGUGGACUUGUGGGAGUAAUGUUGCCCGAUCAAUUAUGGUCCCAUGCCCGGAGGGGCGGGGACGAUGGCACCGAAAGGGUGCCCGCUUCCCUGUUGACACGCUUAUUUGAGCAAUUAAUUCCUGUAAGAUAACAUAAUU